AUGUCUUAUAAUAGGUUCGCUUCUCCAGAAUUUUCAUAUUAUUUUUAUCAAGGAUUUUCUAUGUAUUCUGUUAUUAGACCAGAUGGAACACAGGUUUUUGAUGACAUAAUAGAUCCAAGCACUAUUGAUUGUCAAGUUACACAUAUAGAUGAUAAACCCGCGAUUGACGUAAUUACUGAAUUCGCUCGUAAUAACAUAAGUAAUUCAAGGGAUUUAAAUGUUCGCUUUAAUACAGCCCUUGCAUCUCUUGGUUAUGGAAAUAGUGAUUUUAUUAUAUAUGGACAAUAUUUCUCACUUAGACAAAAAUUACCUACUGAUCCUACUAUUUCUUACACGCUCAAUUGUAGUGAUAAAAUUUUUAACAUUACUAGAGAAUGGAUAGUUCCAAAUAGUGGGAGUAUUAAAAUUGAUCCAACACUUAAAGCUUAUAAUUCUUCAUAUAUUAAUGAAACUUUAGUUGGCAACGCAUCUUUAAUCUUUGAUGCAAUUUUCUCUAGAUUUUAUACAUUACAAGAUUUUGGUGUGGUUUUAAUUUCAACUGAAGACACUACAGGUUUGAAUAUUGGCGAACUCAAUCGUUUUUUGACCAAUAUGAUCGUUGGAUUUAAAUUAUUAGCUGAUAAAGCAGUCAUUGUUGCAGAUUAUAUCAUUAAACUUUUAUUCCCCAACAUAAAUAUUUUUCCUGAAGAUAUAAAAAUUACAGACGUAUCUACAGCUUUUAUAGAAGAAAUUUCUAAUGCAGAUGUUGUUGGCGAUUUAUUUAAUUAUAGAUCAUAUACUUCAACAAUUAAAAAUAAUUCAUUUGAUAGUAUCAAUGAAUUUAUUGGAAACAACACAUAUACACGUGGUGGUGCGCAAGUUAAAUUUACAACAAAAGCAUUUAGAAAUGACUCAUUAAAUUUUCAAAUUCUUCCGGUUCCUCCAAAAUUUCCAUGGACUGAGGAAAAUAUGCGAUUAGCUGAAGUUAAUGUUCCGACCGUAUCUGUCGGUGGAUUUCCAAAUAAUAAAUUUUCCUUUGCAAGUUGCUCUGGUGGAACAGUAUUGAGCAGUGAUACUAUUAGUGCUGCUCUAAACAAUUAUCAAAAUCUUAGUAAUUUAGCUUCUAGGUUAACUCUUUCUCAAGAUUUAACUUUAAGAUUUGUUUGUGCCGAAGUAUAUAGCAUUAAUAAUCCCGACGAAGUUAUGGAUUUUUCCUUUAGACAAGCAGAUUACCAAUUGUAUUAUGAUGAACAAAGUGCUAGAGAUCCAAGUAGUUUAUGGUUGCAGGCGGAACAAUACAUAAAGAAACGUUAA